AUGUGUUUGUGUGUUCAGAUCCUUCAUCACCACAUCGCCUCCGUGGAGAAGCUGUCCCUCACAACCAGUGGCUGCCCGCUCCUCAUUCAGUGCCGAAAUUUCCGUCUUGUCCACUUUGUGAUUCCGCGAGAGCGUGACUGCCAUGAUAUCUACAGCUCUCUGCUCAGGCUACUGAGACCAGUGUCCUAUGACGAGCUGUACGCGUUCUCCUACAACCCAAAGCAGAAUGACCAACAGAGAGAGGAGGGCUGGCAACUCAUAGACCUCGCAGCCGAGUUUGAACGGAUGGGUGUGCCAUGUGACCAGUGGCAACUGACUGACGUUAACAGGGAGUACAAGGUAUGAUGGGAGAGCGAAUGUGUGGAAUAUGUUCAACAUCAGCAGCAAUGCUGAAUCUAAUUCAGGAUGUAUGUGACCUAAAAUCGGGUCUCAUGAGGCUCUCAGGCAACCUAAAAUAGAGUGUAAUGUCCCUCAAGACUAGUAUUAGAAUAAUGUGGUUGGAAUAAAA